AUGGCAUACAGUUCCUCAAGCGACGGGCUGGGUCCCCGCGAUUUGGAACACAAUGCAGGUCACCAGUUUCUCAUGAACGACUCGGUGCAGAGCUUCUCUUGGAAUGCGCUCACGGUUACGGUUAAGGACCGCAGAACGAAACAGCCUCGGAAUCUGAUUGAGAAUAUCAAUGGCGACGUUCAACAAGGCGAAUUGGUAGCCCUCAUGGGCCCGUCCGGCUGCGGCAAGACAACUCUACUCAACGUUCUUGCGCGACGUGCCGCUUCAUCUGGCGCCAAAACGACCGGGAACUGUCGAGUUAAUGGCGGCGAACUUGACAAUGCGACUUUCGGCCGGAUUACCUCGUAUGUUGAGCAGGAAGAUGCGCUGAUUGGGUCGUUGACGGUGAAGGAGACGUUGAAGUUUGCGGCCGAUCUGUCGUUGCCGGGUUUCGUGAGCAAGUCGGAGCGAGCGGAACGAAUCAAGACACUCCUCGAGGCCUUCGGUAUUCAAAACCAGGCGUCUACGCUGGUUGGCACUCCGAUCAGGAAGGGGAUUAGUGGUGGACAAAAGAGGCGGGUCAGUGUUGCGAGUCAGCUUAUCACAUGUCCCAAGAUUCUCUUUCUCGACGAGCCCACGAGCGGAUUGGAUUCGACGGCAAGCUAUGAAGUUAUCUCAUAUGUCAAGAAACUGGCGCGCGCGAAUAAGCUCAUUAUUAUCGCAAGUAUUCACCAGCCAUCCACGGCGACGUUCCAACUCUUCGACAAGCUUCUGCUUCUCUCCGGCGGCAAAACGUGCUACUUCGGCCCGGUCCGUGAGGUACCGUCCUAUUUCGGUAGCAUCGGAUAUCCAGUUCCGCUUCAGACGAACCCUGCCGAGUUUAUUCUCGACAUGGUCAGCUCCGACUUUGCAGCGGAUAAGCCGUCGGCGCAGGAUGAUGUGGCGAAGAUUCAGGCGGCAUGGGCACAAUCUUCCGAAAAAGGUCGGGUGGCACAGCAGAGCGCAGAGCUUGCCGAGCAUGGCAGCAAAAAGGUUACGGUGGAUGAGGCCAGCCAUCCUGGUUUGUUCAGCAUUACCUUUUCUCUGUUGCACCGCUUGUUCAUCAAAAGUUAUCGGGAUGUCGUAGCCUAUGGCAUUCGCAUCGUUAUGUAUAUGGGCCUGGCGAUCAUGAUGGGGACGGUAUGGCUGCGCUUGAAGACGGAUCAGGAACAUAUCCAACCGUUCAUCAAUGCGAUUUUCUUCGGCUCGGCAUUCAUGAGCUUCAUGGCAGUCGCCUACGUCCCAGCCUUCCUCGAAGACCGAGCAACAUUCACCAAAGAGCGCGCAAACGGUCUCUACGGCGCGCUCCCCUUCAUUAUCUCCAACUUUAUCAUCGGCCUUCCGUUCCUCUUCCUAAUAUCCAUCCUCUUCUCCGUGGUCUCCUACUGGCUCUCCAACUUCCGGCCUACUGCGCCCGCCUUCUUCAGCUGGGUAAUGUGGCUCUUCCUCGACCUCCUCGCGGCCGAAUCCCUCGUCGUCUUCGUCACCUCCAUCUUCCCAAACUUCGUCAUCGCCCUCGCCCUUGUCGCCUUUGCAAACGGCCUCUGGAUGAGCGUCGGCGGCUUCCUCGUCUCCCCGACGAUCCUCAACCCAUUCUGGAAAUACGUCUUCCACUACAUCGAUUACCAGGCGUAUGUCUUCCAGGGUAUGAUGGUCAACGAGUUUGACGAUCGUGUUUUCAACUGUGACGCGGGUUGUAAUUGUAUGUACCAGACAGAUUUGGCGGACCAGUGCCAGAUUCGUGGAACGGGGGUGCUGCAAUCGUAUGGGUAUGCCACGGGUAGGACGGGGAAGUGGGUCGGCAUUUUAAUUGGGAUCAUUGCGGUUUAUAGACUUUUUGGGUAUAUUGCCUUGGUGUUGAGGAGGAGUUAG